CGUAGGCGCUGCAUCGUAGUGCCUGGGUGGUGCACUGAGACCAUUUCACACUGCCAAAUGCUUUGUUUUAUUUAACAGCUAAGUUAUUUAGAUUAGUAAACCUAUAUAUUCGGACACUAUGGCUUCGAUAAGGACUGAGAACAUUGUAUUUUUUUGCCACAGUUGGUUAUUCGGAUUAAUGUUUCUCCACAUUUUGACCCUCUUACCCGCUGCUUCUGAAGGAAAAACGAUGAAAUACCAAACGUAUGAAGAAGACAGCCCUGGUACCGUGAUCGGCAGCCUUGCCAAGGAUAUGUCAUUAAGUCCUCUUAAUAGCAAGACAAAUUUCAAGAUGAUGAAGCAGUUCAACUCUUCUUUCAUCAGACUCAGAGAAAGCGACGGACAGCUUACUAUCGGGGAACGAAUCGAUAGAGAGAAAAUGUGCAAGCACACUCUUCAGUGUCUCAUCGCGUUCGACGUUAUCAGUUUUUCCAAAGAGCAAUUCAAAUUGGUUCACGUUGAGGUGGAAAUAAAAGAUAUCAAUGACAACCCUCCAGGAUUCCCUAACAAGGAAUCCACUGUGGAAAUUUUUGAAAAUACAGCAGUGGGCUCCCGAAUUCCUCUGGAUGUUGCAGUAGACGCGGAUGUGGGCUCAAACUACAUCCAAAGCUACCAAAUUUCAGUAAACAGUCAUUUCACCAUUGAUGUGCUGAACAGAGCCGAUGGGGUUAAAUAUGCGGAGUUGGUGCUAAUGAAACCGCUAGACAGGGAGACUCAGUCAUCGUAUGUUCUUGAGCUUGUUGCUACUGACGGAGGAAAUCCAUCCAGAUCUGGCACGACUAAGAUUCACAUAAAGGUUAAAGACUACAAUGACAAUAGCCCCAUCUUCGAUCAGAAUAUUUUCUCAGUUGAUUUAUUUGAGGACGCACCCGUUGGGUUUCUCCUGCUGGAUUUAAACGCAAUCGAUCCAGACGAGGGUUUAAACGGAGAAGUUGUAUACGGGUUCGGUAAUCAGGUGCCUGCAGAAAUCCGACAACUUUUCAAAGUGGACCGAAAAACCGGACGCCUAACUCUUGAAAGCCAGAUAGACUUCGAAGCAAAGAAAACGUAUGAAUUAGACGUCCAGGCGCAUGACUUGGGUCCCAACCCAAUCCCUUCAAUGUGCAAAGUAAUUAUUCAUGUUCAAGACGUUAAUGAUAAUGCCCCUGAAAUUAGCAUUACUCCUAUGACUUCUAUUACAGCGGGGAUCGCAUACAUUACUGAGGCUGCAGCCAAAGACAGCUUUGUCGCUCUCAUCAGCACCUCGGACAGCGACUCCGGCGCAAACGGGGAAGUCAGAUGCACUUUGUACGGGCACGACCACUUCAAACUUCAGCAGGCUUACGAGGAUAGCUACAUGAUCGUCACCACGGCACCACUGGACAGAGAAAAGAUAGCAGAAUACAAUUUAACCGUCGUGGCCGAAGAUUUGGGAUCUCCUCCAUUUAAAACAAUAACGCAAUAUACAAUUAGGCUUAGCGACGAGAACGACAACGCCCCUCUUUUCAGCAAAUCAGUGUAUGAAGUUUCUGUCGUGGAAAAUAACGCUCCGGGUGCAUAUAUCACAACUGUUGUAGCAAGGGAUCCUGAUAUAGGGAAUAAUGGAAAAGUAAUAUAUAGGCUUUCGGAUACUCAUAUCAUGGGCUCCCAUGUAUCAACAUUUGUGUCCCUCGAUCCUGCUACGGGUUCAAUUUAUGCACUGAGAAGUUUUAAUUACGAAGUAAUGAAACAGUUGGAGUUUCGAGUCCAAGCUAGCGACGGGGGGUCUCCACAGCUUCACGGCAGCGCUGUCAUCAGCCUAAAAAUAGUCGAUCAGAAUGACAACGCUCCUGCCAUCACACAGCCCGCUCUCCAUAAUGGAUCUGCUGAGGUCCUUCUACCAAAGGAUGCGCCUUCCGGUUAUAUCAUCACCCAGAUAAAAGCGAUUGAUGCCGACGAGGGCGCAAAUGGGGAUCUCUCCUACAAAAUUAUCAAAGGGGACAAUGUGAUGUUUUCCAUCAACAAAGCCACGGGGGAUAUCCAUCUGAAUCGUGAAUUGAACUUUGAUGUGAGCGAAAGCUUGAAGGUCUUAGUCACCGUCAAUGAUAAUGGUAGACCUUCACUGACUUGCACGGCGACUAUCUUCUUCACUGUUGUCGCAGGGGCGCCCCCCAGCGACCGUACCAUGGUAAAGCAGAAAAACGAAGACUCAAUCCAGUGGGACGCGUCGACGGUAAUCAUUGCAGUUCUAGCAGGAAGCUGCUCGUUGCUUUUGCUGGCAAUUGUCUUGAUUGCAACCACAUGUAAUCGACACAAGCAGGAUAAGAACAGCGGCGGAUUCGAGGACAAAUUGGACAUGGGACACAUGGAGAAUGGGAAGAGCAGCCAUACCCUGAUGUCCAGCCACAGUGGCGAUAUGUUUAGUGUUACACCAUAUUCCAAGCAAUCCUUCACCAAUCUCCCCAAAACAGACAGCGAGAUCUGCUCAAGCUCAGAAGAUGGCAGUGAAGCUACGUGUGUGUAUGAGUCUGAAAACAUAAUCCGAGGAGCUAAAUUGGAGGGCUAUUCUACAUUGCCUGGCUAUGGCAAAGAAGCUGUCAGACCAAUCACAAUAUGGAAAGGUAACUCUUACACCACCAUCUCAGCGAGGGAUCCUCAGUUUAGUGGCAAGGAUAGCGGCAAAGGCGAUAGCGACUUCAAUGAUAGCGACUCUGACAUGAGUGGAGAUGGCAUCAAAAAAGACUUCCAACAUGGUUUGUGGGCGUGUACAACGGAGUGCAAAAUACUCGGUCAUUCGGACAGAUGCUGGAGUCCAUCGGCAAUCAGGAACAAUCCCAGCAUGCCCCAGGGGCAGCAUCUCUCCACGUUUGCAAAGACGGCCUCACUGCCGAGAAACACGCUCCGUAGAGACACCUAUUUCCAUGCGCAUAUCCCUAAGACUAUUGGCUUGCAGAGCGUGUAUGAAAAGGUCCUGCACACCGAGUUUGAUUAUGUGCUCAGCUCUCCAUCAAGACCUGGCAGCGCUGAAGAAUCCAGUGAAGUCACCAUCCCAGCCUACGUGCCUCCAGAUCCUCACAAAUAGAAAAUAAAGCUUUAGAAAUGGUGACAUUAAUCAAAAACUGUGGAAGUGAGAGCCCACUGGGCUUCUAGUUAUUUAAUCAUUGGCUUUGUAAGGGAAAAUAUGAUAUUUGUGUAUUUACAUUUUAAAUGUCAGUGUAAGUUGAUUGUAAUGUCACUUGUAUGACUUUGUCUAAAUACUAUGUAUAUUAUGCAAUAUUUUAUACGCACAGAAUAUAUUUUUAUAAAGAUAUGUAAACUUAAUAUUAUUGAUUUUCAUGGCAUGCUUACUACUUAAAAGAGGCCUGCAGUCAUGAUGACACUUGGGUCUUUGAGGCCGUAAAC